AUGGCGCUCGCGAAACCAGUUGUGCUGUGCGGCAAAGCUCCACCCGUGGCUAUAGGAGUGAAAGAGGGUCUCAGACCGAUGUACGAGGAGAUGGGAGUGAAAGAAAUUCCGUCCUUAUUACAUGGACGUCGGCCUGACACCACAGAUCUUGCGAACCUUGGAUGCCAGCGGUACGGACAGAAGCCUGUGGCCAUCAUCGUAGGAGGCGGAUAUAGCGAUACCGACUUUACAGCGAUGCGAAGGGCUUGUGAUGGCAUCAGCACUGUUCCAUGGUUGCGGCAUGAUUUGAAGAAGGACCUCAGUCAAGGCAACCCGAGACCAAGUCUUGGCCCUGAGUAUGGCAAAGAGAUUGCCGAGAAGGUAAAGCGUUGCUUGGAAGAUUUAGCCGAAAAUGGCAAGCUGGGGAGUGAUGGUGUCUAUUAUUUUUGA